AUGGUGGAUGACCCGGGGAUCGUCAGGUCAAUGUGCCCAAAGGAUGUGAAGAGUAUAGUUGCUAUAGAACCUGAUGAAUUUACGCUUAUAUACCCUGAAAGAGUUUACGUUAACCACGCUAGGGUAUUUCCAAAACUUUCACUGGUAGUUGAGACAAAGAACACAAUUUCUGCGUUUAUCAUUGGUAGUACUUCUGUGUCGGAUGACGCCUUCUAUGGUCACAUAUCGUCUAUAUAUGUGCUUGAAGAAUACAGGAAACGUGGUUACGGGUCUAGAUUGAUUAACAAAUUUGAGGAAGGCUGCAAGAAGGCAGGGUGUAGAUACAUUAAUCUCUACGUCAACAUUCGCAAUAUCGCAGCAGUGGACUUUUACAAGAAUCGCAAGUAUACAGUAUAUAGAACCAUACCAAAGUAUUACAAUGACGCCGAAGAUGCCUAUGAAAUGAGAAGAGAUUUGUAG